UCGUCACAGAGAGGUUAGAUAGUUCAGUAGUGUUCGUGAAAUUCCAAGUGAGAAGUAUGGAGUCCAGUUGUAUACUCAAUUCUGCUGUCAGAGUGAAAGAAGAAGCCAAUGAUGUGCCACUUACUGAGAAUGGUUGUGAAAUGAUGGACGAGAAACCCGAUCUGAAAAACAUUCAACUCCUACCAUUUGUGAAAGAAAAUUCCAGCCAUACUACGCUUCGAAAAUGCGACAUUAAACUUAAAAGUGAACUCGAUGAAGAUAUGGGAAUAGUUUUUGAAUGUAAAGAUGUUAAGCCCAAUAUGAAUUUGUCAGUAGUUAAAAAAAUAGACGAUUGUUCUCCAAAUCACUUACAGAAUGUAAAAGAUGACAGCAGUUGUAAAAAUCAAAACAUAAUUAAAGUAGAGCAUGCAGAGGAAGUGAAAAAGGAAUUUUGUGGUGACGCUUUAGAAGAGUCGAAUUUGAAUUUCGAUUGUGAAUUCAAUGAUGAUAUAGAAGUAAUUGUUGAAUGUGAAGACAUGAAGCCCAAUGUGGAUGUAUCAGCAAUUAAAAAAAUUGACGAUGACUCUCAGAAUCACUUGCGAAAUGUCGAAGAUAGCGAUGAAAUUCAAAACGCAAUCAUUCCCGAAACCACGAGGAAAGUGAAAAAAGAAAUAUUCGAUUAUGAUACAGAACAAUUUGUCGAACAAAAUGAAAAAAUAAGAAUUUCAAAAAAGUACAACAACGACCACGGACUCAAAACACACAUUUGUAUGGUGCACAAUGAUACAACCCACCCACGGGAAAUACGCAGAAAGAAAUGUACAACGAAGAAACAUCUUAAAACUCACAUCGACUCAGUUCAUAGAAAAACUAGACAUUGCACAAUAGAGUUAGAUAUGCAUGUGAAACAUGUGGAAAGAAAUACUUAG